AUGGAUUCUUUUCGGCUAUUCUGCGAGAAAGUCAACGCGUUCAUUGGUGCUUCAACUUUUGGACGAGUCUUUCGACUCGAGGGCUGUGGACAUGAAAAAGAGAUCAAGAAUGCACGAUUUACGACGGAGAUCCGCGCCGGCUUGACGACAUUCUUCACAAUGGCCUAUGUCAUUUCUGUCAAUGCCUCAAUCCUUGCUGACACAGGAGGCAACUGCGUCUGCAAUGAUGCCAACGAUCCUCUUUGCAUGAAAAAUCAGGAAUAUGCAGCCUGUGUUCAAGAUCUCAACCGAUCGCUCAUCACUGCAACUGCAGCUAUUACAGGCUUCAGCUCUGUUCUUUUCGGCUUCCUAACCAACAUGCCUGUCGCACUCGCACCUGGUAUGGGCUUGAACGCAUACUUCGCGUAUCAAGUCGUUGGCUACCACGGCAGCGGUGCUGUUUCUUACAAUCUUGCACUUACAGCUGUCUUCAUUGAAGGCUUCAUCUUCAUCGGGCUCUCUCUGAUAGGUAUGCGUCAGUGGCUUGUCAAAGUCAUCCCAACCUCCCUCAAGAUCGCCACAGCUUGUGGUAUUGGACUUUUCCUUGCUCUCGUUGGCUUGAGCAAUGAUAUUGGUAUUGGCGCAAUCAGUGGAGCCAAGAGUACACCCUUGGAGCUCGCUGGCUGCGCUGACCAGUAUAGAGAUGAGUUUGGCAGAUGUACAAGCCACACGAUGACGUCUCCAACACUAUGGAUUGGACUCACGUGUGGGGGUAUUGUCACCGCUUAUCUGAUGAUGUACAAGAUCAAGAGUGCCAUGAUUGUGGGCAUCUUGAUUGUUUCUAUCACCGCAUGGCCACGAGGCACCGAUGUGACCUACUUCCCUAAUGAUCAGAUCGGCGAUGAGCGUUGGGAGUACUUCAAGAGGGUUGCUUACUUCCACCCUAUCAACCAUACGCUAAACACAUUGGACUGGAAUAUUAGGCAACACACCUCUCACUUCGUCCUCGCUCUUUUCACAUUCCUUUAUGUGGACAUCAUCGACUGUACGGCAACUUUGUAUUCCAUGGCUCGCUUCUGCGGUGCAGUAGAUCCAGAGGAUGGCGACUUCCCACGAUCGACGCUGGCGUAUUGUACAGAUGCUUUCUGUAUCUCUGUUGGCGCUCUUUUGGGUGUGUCCCCGGUGACGGCUUACAUCGAGUCCGGUGCUGGCAUCGCAGAAGGCGGCAAGACAGGUCUCACUGCGAUUACCACUGGUUUCUGCUUCAUCAUGGCGAUGUUUUUUGCUCCCAUCUUCGCAUCGAUCCCGCCUUGGGCUACCGGCAGCACACUCGUUAUUGUUGGCUGCUUGAUGAUGCGGCAAGUUACAAGCAUCAAUUGGCGUUACAUUGGAGACGCCAUCCCCGCUUUCGUUACACUCAUGUUCAUCCCAUUUAGCUACAGCGCCGCCUACGGUCUGAUUGCUGGUCUCAUGAUUUACACAACCCUAAACGGCAUGGUCUACCUCACACAGCUUAUCUCUGGUGGCCGUGCUGUCCCUGACGAUGCUGAUGCCCGCGAGUAUUGGUCCAUCAAACCAGGUGGCAGAGAUCCUUGGUUCAUCAGAGCUGGACAAGACAUCUCAGAUCGUUUUAGUCCGAAACGAAAGGCCGACGGCGCGUCGGUCAGAAGCGGCGCUUCUUCCUGGCAUCAUGAAAGGAUUGGAUCCAAGGGCUCAAACCGGGAAAUGCAUACGAUGACCAUCAAGCCAAAUGACCCAACAGAUCCUAGGCUCGAGAAGGUAUUGCGAAAGUUGUAG